AUGACUGCAUUACUACGCCAGGGCUGCUAUUCGAAACUUUGGCGCAAACACCCUUCCAAGACACAUCUGAGCUCUUUUGAUCACUAUAGCCAGCUCUAUAAAGAGUCAAUUGAGAACCCCGACAAGUUUUUCGGCGAUGCUGCUAGAGAAUUAUUAAGUUGGGACAGAGAUUUCAAGACCGUCAGCUCGGGUGGUUUUGAACAUGGUGAUGUUGCUUGGUUCUUAGAGGGCCAGCUCAAUGCUUCUUAUAACUGUGUUGACAGACACGCUUUUGCCAAUCCUGAAAAGAUUGCUCUUAUCUAUGAAGCAGAUGAUGCCAAGGAUUCCCGUAAUGUCACCUACGGUGAAUUGCUCCGUCAAGUAUCCAAAUUGGCUGCUGUCUUGACCUCUUUUGGUGUUAAAAAAGGUGAUACCGUAGCUAUCUACUUGCCCAAUAUUCCUGAGGCCAUUGUCGCUCUUUUGGCUGUCACCCGUAUUGGUGCUAUCCACUCUGUCAUCUUCGCUGGUUUCUCAUCUGGUUCUCUUAAGGACCGUAUUAAUGAUGCCAAGUGUAAGGUCAUUAUUACCAGUGACGAGGGCCGUCGUGGUGGUAAGACUGUUUAUACCAAGAAGAUUGUCGAUGACAGUCUCAAGAACGCUCCUUCUAUCGAAAAGGUUCUUGUUUUCAAGAGAACUGGUUCUGAGAUCCCUUGGACCGAGGGCCGUGAUUUCUGGUGGCACGAGGAACUCGAUAAGCAACGUGCUUAUUCUCCUCCUGUUGCUGUCAACUCUGAGGACCCUCUUUUCUUACUAUACACUUCAGGUUCCACCGGUUCUCCAAAGGGUGUUGUACACUCGACUGCUGGUUACUUACUCGGUGCUGCCAUUACUGCUAAGCAUGUGUUCGAUAUUCAAGAGAAGGAUAUCCUCUUCACAGCUGGUGACGUCGGUUGGAUCACUGGCCACACCUAUGCUCUUUAUGCUCCUCUUCUUCUCGGUGCUACUAGUGUUAUUUUUGAAGGCACCCCUGCAUACCCCAACUUGUCUCGUUACUGGCAAAUCAUUGAAAAGUACAAGGUUACUCAGUUCUACGUUGCUCCUACUGCCUUGAGACUGCUCAAGAGAGGUGGUGAAGAGUUUAUUACUGGUCACGACUUGUCUUCUCUCAGAACUCUUGGCUCCGUCGGUGAGCCAAUUGCCGGUGAGAUCUGGGAGUGGUACCACGAGUUGAUUGGUAACAGCGAAUGCCACAUUGCUGAUACCUACUGGCAAACUGAGACUGGCUCUCAUAUCAUUGCUCCUCUUGCUGGUAUUACUCCCAUGAAGCCCGGUAGUGCUUCGUUCCCUUUUUUCGGCAUUGAUUUGGCCAUUAUUGACCCUGUCACUGGAAAGGAGCUCGUUGGCAAUGAUGUCGAGGGUGUUCUUGCUGUCAAGAAGCCCUGGCCAUCUAUUGCCAGAUCCGUUUGGGGUGCUCACCAAAGAUAUCUCGAUACCUACUUGAAGCCAUACCCCGGUCUCUACUUCACGGGAGACGGUGCUGCUCGUGACCACGAAGGUUUCUACUGGAUCCGUGGCCGUGUUGACGACGUUGUCAACGUGUCUGGCCACAGACUGUCGACUGCCGAGAUCGAGGCCUCGCUCAUCGAGCACCACAGUGUUGCCGAGUCGGCUGUUGUCGGCGUCAGCGACGACUUGACUGGUCAAGCCGUCAUUGCAUUCGUCUCGCUCAAGGACGGAUUCGACCACACCCAAGAAAUCAAGAAAGAGCUCAUCAUGCACGUCCGCAAGGAAAUCGGUCCCUUCGCUGCCCCUAAGACCGUUAUCGUCAUCGAUGACCUGCCCAAGACUAGAUCCGGCAAGAUCAUGAGACGUAUUCUCCGCAAGAUCGUGUCCAACGAGGCUGACUCUAUCGGCGACAUCUCCACCCUCAACAACCCCCAAUCCGUCGACCAAAUCAUUGCUGCUGUCGAUAUCCAGCUCAAGAAAUAA